GAGAGCUUCACCCCCGGGGCGGUGGUUGUUUCUCUUUUCUUUCUUUCUUUCCUUUUUUUUUUUUUUUUUUUUUUUUUUUUUAAAUUUCCUGAGGGGUGGUUGCUGCUUUUGCUACAUGACUUGCCAGCGCCCGAGAUUGCGGUCCAACUGCGCUGCUGCCGGUGCGCUCAGUGCUACUGCCGCUGCCGCCGCAAGUGCCACCCGCGCCCCACUCGGCACCUUUCCGUCGCUGCUGCCGCCGUCGCCCGUCCUCUCCAGCGCCCCCGCCGCUACUGCUACCACCGCUACUGGUCCCGCGGGCGCAGCCGCCGCCGCCGCUUCCCCCCCAGAGUAGUGGGUGAUGUUGGACAUGGGAGAUAGGAAAGAGGUGAAAAUGAUCCCAAAGUCCUCCUUCAGCAUUAACAGCUUGGUGCCUGAGGCAGUGCAGAGCGACAACCACCAUGCGGGCCACGGCCACCACAACAGCCACCACCCUCCGCCCCACCAUCACCACCACCACGGCCACCACCACCAUCAUCACCCGCCGCCUCCACCUCCUCCCCAGCAGCAACAGCCUCCUCAGCAACAGCAACAGCAGCAGCACCCCCCGCCACCCCAACCCCCUCAAGCCCCCCAACCGCGCAGCACCCCAGCCGAUGACGAUGAGGAUAAGGGACCCCAACAGCUCCUACUUCCUCCACCCCCUCAGGGGGCCACCUCGGCUGCUACCGCUUCGGCAGCCCUAGACGGGGCCAAAGCUGAUGGCCUUGGGGGCAAGGGUGAGCCAGGCGGCGGAGGUGGAGGUGGGACCGGAGACCUAGCCCCCGUUGGGCAAGAAGAGAAAGAAAAAGGGUCCGGGGGGGAGGAGAAGAAGGGGGCGGGCGAGGGCGGCAAGGACGGGGAGGGGGGCAAGGAAGGGGAGAAGAAGAACGGCAAGUAUGAAAAGCCGCCCUUCAGUUAUAAUGCCCUCAUCAUGAUGGCCAUCCGCCAGAGCCCAGAGAAGCGCCUAACCCUCAAUGGCAUCUACGAGUUUAUCAUGAAGAACUUUCCUUACUACCGGGAGAACAAGCAGGGCUGGCAAAACUCCAUCCGCCACAAUCUGUCCCUGAACAAGUGCUUCGUCAAGGUACCCCGCCACUACGACGACCCGGGCAAAGGGAACUAUUGGAUGCUGGACCCCUCAAGCGACGACGUGUUCAUCGGGGGCACGACUGGCAAAUUGCGCCGGAGAUCUACGACGUCCCGGGCUAAGCUGGCCUUCAAACGUGGCGCUAGGCUUACGUCCACCGGACUGACCUUCAUGGAUCGGGCGGGCUCUUUGUAUUGGCCCAUGUCUCCCUUCCUGUCCCUGCACCACCCCCGAGCUAGCAGCACUUUGAGUUACAAUGGAACCACGUCCGCUUACCCCAGCCAUCCCAUGCCCUACAGCUCGGUGUUGACUCAGAACUCGCUGGGCAACAACCACUCCUUUUCCACUUCCAAUGGGUUAAGUGUUGAUAGACUCGUCAACGGAGAGAUCCCUUAUGCCACGCAUCACCUUACGGCCGCUGCCUUGGCAGCCUCUGUACCCUGCGGGCUGUCUGUCCCCUGCUCCGGGACCUAUUCCCUAAACCCUUGCUCCGUCAAUCUGCUGGCGGGACAGACAAGUUACUUUUUCCCCCAUGUCCCUCACCCUUCAAUGACUUCUCAAAGCAGCACUUCAAUGACCGCCCGGGCCGCUUCCUCCUCCACGUCUCCGCAGGCGCCCUCCACCCUCCCCUGUGAGUCUUUAAGACCCUCUUUGCCAAGUUUUACCACGGGACUGUCUGGAGGACUUUCUGAUUAUUUCACACAUCAAAAUCAGGGGUCUUCUUCCAACCCUUUAAUACAUUAACAUCCCUGGGACCAGACUGUAAGUGAACAUUUUACACACAUUUGCAUUGUAAAUGAUAAUUAAAAAAUAAGUCCAGGUAUUUUUUAUUAAGUCCCCCAUUUUCUGUACGUUUGUUCAGUCUUUAGGGUUGUUUAUUAUUCUAACAAGGUGUGGAGUGUCAGCGAGGUGCAAUGUGGGGAGAAUACAUUGUAGACUAUGAAGUUUGGAAGUCAAAAUUAUAGUAGAAUGUGUAUCUAAAUAGUGACUGCUUUGCAAUUUUUAUUCAGACAUGACAAGUCUAUCACUAAUUACCACCAAGAUUUCCAUGUUUGCAGUAUUAUAAGUUAUCAUGGAUAUACAUGGUGGAUGGAGACCUGGGGGAAAAAAAACACUAAAUUAUGGGAAAAGUGGGGGAAAAAGUUUAAACUGUAAUUUGUAUUUUAAAAGAAUUAAUAGUAAAGAUACCCAAGAAACGACAUUUGGGCCAUUUAUUGUUUUGUCCUUUUCCUUAAGAAACUGGUUUUUGUUUACUUUUAGACCAAAGAUUGGGUUUUAGAAAAUGCACUCGGUGAACUAAGUAUUUCAAAGAGAAGCAAAAACAAAACGUAACAAAACAAACAAAAAAGCACGUUUCAGUUCGCAGCACUGCCCGUUCAAAUGAGUCAGAAGGGGACAAAAUUAAUGAUUGCCUUCAGUUUGUGUUGUGUAUAUUUUGAUGUAUGUGGUCACUAACAGGUCACUUUUAUUUUUCCUAAAUGUAGUGAAAUGUUAAUACCUAUUGUACUUAUAGGUAAACCUUGCAAAUAUGUAACCUGUGUUGCGCCAAUGCCGCAUAAAUUUGAGUGAUUGUUAAUGUCGUCUUAAAAUUUCUUGAUUGUGAUACUGUGGUCAUAUGCCCGUGUUUGUCACUUACAAAAAUGUUUACUAUGAACACACAGAAAUAAAAAAUAGGCUAAAUUCAUAUAUA